UGUCGCCGAGUGGUGGUGAUGGCUGGUGCUGGCAUCAGCACCCCCAGCGGCAUCCCGGAUUUUCGNUCCCCGGGGAGCGGCCUCUACAGUAACCUCCAGCAGUACAACAUCCCUUACCCAGAAGCCAUCUUUGAACUGAUGUAUUUCUUUGUCAACCCUAAGCCUUUUUUCACUUUGGCCAAGGAGCUCUACCCUGGCAACUACAGACCCAACUACGCCCACUAUUUCCUGAGGCUCCUGCACGACAAAGGGCUCCUCCUGCGCCUCUACACCCAGAACAUCGACGGGCUGGAGAGAGUUGCUGGGAUCCCUCCCGAUAGACUGGUGGAAGCCCACGGCACCUUUGCCACUGCCACUUGCACAGUCUGUCGAAGGAAGUUCCCAGGAGAGGACUUCAGGGGGGACGUCAUGGCAGACAAGGUCCCUCGUUGUCCCAUCUGCACCGGAGUCGUCAAGCCUGACAUUGUGUUCUUUGGCGAGGAGCUCCCGCAGCGCUUCCUCCUGCACGUGACGGACUUCCCCAUGGCAGACCUGCUUUUUGUCAUCGGAACGUCCUUGGAGGUGGAGCCCUUUGCCAGCCUGGCAGGAGCCGUGCGCAGCUCCGUUCCCCGAGUGCUGAUCAACCGAGACCUCGUCGGACCCUUCGCCUGGCAGCGCUGCAAUGACGUCGCCCAGCUGGGGGACGUGGUCAGUGGGGUUGAGAAGCUGGUGGAGCUGCUGGACUGGACUGAAGAGCUGCAAACGCUAAUUCAGAAAGAAAAAGAAAAGCUGGAUGCAAAAGACAAAUAGAACAGCUGCCUCCCUGCCGCUGGGAGC